AAAAGAACCUCACCGUUAUCGUGAUCAAUCAUGUCGGUUUGGGUGCUGCUGCUCGUUGUAGCAUCGCUACUGUACUAUUACGUGCGUCGCCGAUAUAGGUACUGGAGUGAUCGAGGUGUGCCACAGCUGGACGCUACGAUGCCGUUCGGUAACAUGAAAGGUGUUGGAAAAGAGCGCAGCUUGAACGAGAUGCUAGAUGAAGCGUACUGGAAGUUCCGGGGAAAAUCGCCCGUUACCGGACUGUACUUUCUCACCAACCCCAUUCUGCUCGUGACAGACCCGGAGCUAACCAAACGCAUACUGGUGAAGGAUUUCCAUCAUUUCCACGACCGUGGUAUAUACGUGAACGAACGCGACGACCCACUAUCCGGACAUUUGUUCUCGAUAGGUGGUGAACGGUGGCGUUAUCUGCGCAAUAAGCUCAGCCCCACGUUCACAUCCGGCAAGAUGAAGUGCAUGUUCACCACUAUUUGCGAGAUCGGUGAUGAGUUAGUGGCUUCUUUUGACAAGCACAUCGAACGGGGUGAACCGAUCGACAUAAAGCUGCUAUGUCAGUGUUUCACGUGUGAUGUAGUCGGAUCGUGCGCGUUUGGAUUGCAGUGCAACUCGCUGCAAAAUGGCGGCUCCAAGCUGCUCGAAAUCGGUGACAAGGUGUUCCGGCAGAGUCCGCUGCGGUUGAUCUACUCGAUCGCGAUCAGUGCGUUUCCGCGAUUGUCCAGAGCGUUGCAUUUACCCGCUCUGCCAGGUGAGGUGUCGUCGUUCUUCAUGCCACUCGUACGAUCGACGGUCGAGCAUCGGGAGCAGAAUGCGAUCGAACGGGCCGACUUUCUUAAUCUGCUGAUUCAACUGAAAACACGCGGAACCGUGGAUGCUGAUGUCGAGACGGAUGAAAAGCUAACGCUCGACGAGGUGGCCGCGCAGGCGUUCGUGUUCUUCUUCGCCGGUUUCGAGACGUCCUCAACGACGCUCUCGUUUGCGCUUUUUCUCCUUGCCAGCCAUCCAGACGUGCAGGAUCGAUGUCGUGAGGAAAUCGUGCAGAAGUUGACUUCUCACGACGGAGCCAUCACGUACGAUGCACUCAAGGAGAUGACGUACCUGGAUCAGGUUAUCAAUGAAACCCUUCGCAUGUAUCCGCCUGUUGGGCAGCUGUUUCGAGUCGUCACCGAGCCGUACUACCUUGAAUCCGCCAACGUGACGCUGGACACGGGCACGAUGCUUAUCGUACCGAUCGACUCGUACCAUCACGAUCCUGAUCUCUAUCCCGAUCCGCAGCGUUUCGAUCCCGACCGAUUUACGGCGGAAGCGAUCAAAACACGACACAGCCACGCAUUUAUACCGUUCGGAGAGGGACCACGGAACUGCAUUGGCAUGCGAUUCGGGUUGCUGGAGGUGAAGUUUGGACUCGUGCAAGUGCUCAGUCGGUUGCGGAUCAGUGUCGAUGAGCGCACCCAAGUUCCGCUGCGCUUAACAAAGGGUUCCGGCUUUCCCGAGGCGGAAGGUGGCUUGUGGUUGAACGCAUCACGGCUGUAGCCGCCUAAGGGCCCUUAUUUCAAGCUAGAUAGACGCCACAGCUGAAAGUCAUUAUAAGUGUCAUAUAGCGAUUGCGCAACGCUCGCUUUGUUAAAGGUGCUCUUUGAUAAAUCAAUAUUUGAGCCGUUUAAGUUACACGUCGGAAUUUUCUAAGUGAUCAUGGAUGAUAACAGCACAAUGAAAGCGAUGAUGAUGAUAAUAUACGUUGAGU